AUGGACUGCUGGGACGCCGACGACGUGCUAUCCGAGUCUCAGGAGGCUGCUCUGGCCGCCGCUGAGCAGGCGUACCAGCUCAGGAGAGAAACAGAUGGCGCGGCGGGUGGCGGCAACGGCGGGCCCGCAGGUGCAGGCGAGGCAGGACCAGCAGCGACAGCAGCACCUGUGGCGCCACCCGUGCGACGGCGCAGGCUGCCCGACAUCCGCACAGGGCAGAGCCAUGCCUCCACCAGCACCGCAGCAGCAGGGGCAGGCUCGGCGGCAGCACCCCCAGCGGACGAGAAUCUGCCGCCGGCAUGCUUCACGGGGCCGCUGCACUAUGCCUUUGCGGGCUACGAGGUGGACCGCUGGUGCCAGUGGCUUCUGGACAGCUCCGGAGUGGGAGUGGUGGGCUUCGACAUCGAGUGGCGCGUCACCUAUCAGACGGGAGUGGUGCCGCGGCCGGUGGCACUGAUCCAGCUCUGCUACUUGGGUGGCAGUGGCGGCAGCAGCACAGCUGGACCCCAGCAGCAGCGCCAGCAGCAGCAGCAGCAGCAGCAGCAGCAGCAGCAGCAGCAGCAGCACAUCUGCCUCCUGCUGCACAUCUGCCACAGCGGGCUAACGCCGCACCUGCGCCAGCUGCUGUGCAGCAAGGACAUUCUCAAGGUGGGGGUGGGGGUCCAGGGGGAUGCCCAGAAGGUGCUGCGCGAUUUCGGGCUGGAGAUGCAGGGCGUGGUGUGCCUGUCAGAGUGUGCCAACGAGCGCGAGCUGGCCUAUGCUGCCGCUGCGCACGCGCCAGGCAGCGACAGCGGCGAUGCGCCUGAUGGUGCAGCACCAACCUGUGCUCCCAGCGCGCCACCAGCUGCAGCAGCAGCAACAGCGGUGGGUGGGCCUGGAGGCGGCGGCGGCGGUGCUGGUCAGCCAUUGGCGGCGGCGCCGCAGAGGUGGAGCCUGGCGGGCCUCGUAUCCCUCCUCCUCCGCCUCCGCCUGGACAAGAGCCAGGCAAUCCGGUGCAGCAACUGGGAAGUGCGGCCGCCCCUGAGCUCAGAGCAGCAGCGCUACGCUGCCACAGAUGCCUGGUGCUCGCUACGAGUGUAUGAGGUCCUAUCCAAAUUGCCGGUGGCCUCCCUGCCGUACCCAGCUGGGCCCGAGGCCGGACCCGCGGCGGCGGCGCUGGGGGACCCUCUGGCAGCAGCAGCAGCAGCAGCAGCAGCAGCAGCAGCAGCAGCAGUAGCAGGCUGUGGCUCCGGCGGCUGGGUGCCCGCGUGCCCGGCGCCGCAGCGCCUGCAGCCCGCCAAGCUGGCUGUGUAUCAGGCGCUGCAGCAGGGGCUGAGCGUGGAGCAGGUGGCGGCGCAGCGCCGCAUCCGCCCCGAAAGCGUGCAGGGAUACCUGGCGGAAGCCAUCGCGGCAGCCUGGCAGCGGCAGCUGCGCGGUCCGACGGACCGCGCAGAUGCACACCAGGCUGCGGUGCCCGGGGAGGAGGAGGAGGCAGCUGACAGCAGCAGCGGGGCUGGCUCUGGUGCUGCGCCAGGCCCCGAGGCCAAGGGCGGCGGCGAGCUGGUGGACGUUUUGCAGCAGCUGGUGGCCUCAGGGCACACGCUGCGCCAGCUGAAGGAGGAGCGCUUUGCCGACAUCCCCUACGGCCACCUGCGCCUGGCGCUCGCCCACCUGGGGCGCUGCAACCCGGCGGCCCCCUGCCAGUGA